CCAACACCAUCCUUCACUCUCUCCCCUCUCCCGCCCCCCUCCCCUUUCUCAGCCACACACACUUUCAGUGUCUCGCUCCUCCAGUGAUGGAGAUUACUGACUAUUAUGGGCAAGGGAUUAAUUUGUAGCCAAUUACAAUCCACUGCUAAAUAUGAAUGCAUAAAUACGAUACAGCCUUGCCCGUGUGUGUGUGUGAGUGACGGGUGGGGGCAUAAAUGUUUAGGUAGCCCUGUGAGGAUAAUGAGAAGAAAGAAAGAGCAACUGAGUGGAGCAUCACCCUUUGACUUCCUUCAUCCACGGGAGAAUCCAAUUCAGGUUGGACCUAGCCACGUGCAAUCCUGUAGACCUAAAGGAACCAGCUCGUCUCUGUGCUAAAUUGACGAUAAACAAAGCAGCUCCCGAGUUGACUGCAAGACAGGAGUUUCCAGCUGAAGUUCGCAGAAAGGGAAAGAGUUGCAAUUGGAAGGGGCUCUGAAAAGAGUCAUGAAUGUGAGCAGAGACAAGACUCAGGGGGGUGACAUCUCUAUCCCAGCAGCAGCAGCAGCAAGCCAGGCUGGCAUUGUAGUGGAGCCAGUGUCCGGCUGCCUUCACGGGGAAAGCAUGGACAGCCACGGGGACCAGAGACUUUCUUCCAGCAACGACCUCCCAGUCUAUUCGUGUCCUGGAAAUAGAGACAGGCCAGGCGACAAUCAGAGCAACACCCCUGGACAACAGGGGGUGGUGGCAGCCCUGCCCGUGGUCCACAGAACCACUUCUUUUUCAGUGCUGGACAUUCUGGAUCCCAACAAAUUCAACAGCAAAAAGCGGCAAUGUUCUGUGUUGUACAAAUCCGCAGGGAGCGAAUUCACUCUAGGGGCAGAGGAUAAACCCGAGGAGUCAGGAACGGAACUAGCAGAUCAAAAGGCUCUGAGUGAAGAUUUUGAAACGUGCAAAAAGUCCUCGGACUUACUCAAGGACGGGGAGCUGCACAAGGCCGAGGAGUGCGAGCUGGACUACGGCAGCAGGCCCAGCCCCAGCGCCGAGAGCGAGCUGCAGGACGAGGAGGAACUGUGCAGCGAGGAGAGCAGCAGCAGCCUGGGCGGCGUGGCGGGGUCCGGCGAGGCAGAGCCCGGCCACCACCCCGAGGACGGGGAGCCGGGCAGCCAGGAGCAGCCGCCGCCGCCGGCCCAACCCCCUGCCCCCGGCGGGGGCCCGCAGGCCAAGCCCAAGAGGAAGCGCACGGGCUCGGACUCCAAGUCGGGCAAGCCCCGGCGGGCGCGGACCGCGUUCACCUACGAGCAGCUGGUGGCGCUGGAGAACAAGUUCAAGUCCACGCGGUACCUGUCGGUGUGCGAGCGCCUCAACCUGGCGCUGUCGCUCAGCCUGACCGAGACCCAGGUCAAGAUCUGGUUCCAGAACCGCCGCACCAAGUGGAAGAAGCAGAACCCGGGCGCCGACACCAGCGCCCCGACGGGCGGCGGGGCAGGAGGCGGCGGGGCCGGAGGGGGCCUGGGGGGAGGCGGCCUGGGCGGCGGGCUGAGCCCGCUCAGCCACUCGCCGCCCAUGGGCAACCCGCUCUCCAUGCACGGCCCCGGGGGCUACCCGGGACACCCCACCGGGGGGCUGGUGUGCGCUGCCCAGCUGCCCUUCCUGCCCAGCCCCGCCGUCCUCUCGCCCUUUGUCCUGGGCUCGCAGACUUACGGGGCUCCGGCCUUCUACACCCCGCACCUAUAAACCUACCUCCCCCGGCCCCGGGACUGCGAGCCGCUGGAGCAGCAGACCCUGGGAAGGAUACUACGCGCCGCGCCCUCUGAGUUCUCCCAGCGCGCUCAGAGCGCCCAUUGCCCCGGUGAGAUGGAUACUACGCGCCGCGCCCUCUGAGUUCUCCCAGCGCGCUCAGAGCGCCCAUUGCCCCAGUGAGAUGGAUACUACGCGCCGCGCCCUCUGAGUUCUCCCAGCGCGCUCAGAGCGCCCAUUGCCCCAGUGAGAUGGAUACUACGCGCCGCGCCCGCUCUGAGAAUCCCCUGCGCG